AUGACUGGCAAGCGGAAGUUCGAGUCGUCUGAUCCGCUACGCCGAAGCACGCAACGGAGGAUUCCGCCCGGUGUGCUUAACCGAAGCACGCAGGUUGGUUCUGGAGCAAGUACUUUCAUAGCUGGCCCAGCCGGUGGCCCUGGAGGCUCUGGCGGUAUUUCUCAACAACCUUUCUCCAGCCAACCUAGCACAGCAGCCCCUGGGUUUGUUGCCGGAGCCCCUACUGAAAUUAAUGCUAAUCAGAACUACGUGCCGAUGGCACAGCCCCAAAUUGGCCAGGGAGAGCCAAUGGUUGGGAUUCAGGGCCCAAGCAGCUCGUCGCUGCCCGAUGCUCCGGGAGAAAAGUAUGAUGAAUUUCCUCUACGUUGCUGCACCAUUGAUGACGUUCGCGAUUCCCGCUACCAUAUGAUAAAGUUCCACUCGCGGUCCAAGAUCGAUCCAGCCACCCAGUUUACCCCGCCGAUUCGCUUCCACAGAAAAGACCCCAAGCUUUUACAAGUCACGGUUGGAGACGAGGUAUCUGCUGGUGCCGAAGGCUCGAAUCCUGGAUCUGUAGACGGCGAAAAUGGUGCGGCCUCUUCCCAAGGCGGUGAGAAUGGCGAAAAGCCCAAAAAGUCGGGACCCUUUAGACGUAAAAAGACCUACCAGGCUCAAGGUGGCGAUGAGGCCAGUGAAGCUGCUAGAAAACUGCGUUAUGAAGAGCACUAUCCCUGGGUUAUGGAGGACUUUGACAACAAAAACACCUGGGUCUCGAGUUACGAGGCCGGCCAGUCUGAUACCUAUGUUGUUUUUGUGUUCGAUCGGGAUGGAUUCAAAAUGAUACCAAUUGAAAAGUUCUAUCGACUCAAUCAACGAAGCAAGUUCGCAACAUUGUCCUUAGAUGAAGCUGAAGAGAAAAUGGGCAAACGCAAUUCAAACAUCCCUCGCUGGAUUAUGGACAAGCUUCAAACCGAACGAGGCGCUGCUGGACCUGGUGCAGAGGCAAUUGCUGCCGGUCACCAACGCCGUCGUCUUCGUACUGUUGAGGGUUCCGAGGAACGCACAAACCGUAGGUCGGGUCUAGAGGAAGAAAUGGAUUUCGACGAGGAGUUUGCUGAUGACGAUGGUGCUCCUAUUAUGGACGGUCCCGAAGAAGACCUGAAAGAGGUAGAGGACAGAAUCAAAAGGGAACAGAGACAGGCUAAUGCUUUGGAUGCAGAUGAUAACGAUUUGGAUGCUUUGUUCGAGGAUGGAGAGGACCAAAUCGACCGCAACGGAAAGAAACUUAGAAAGUACUUGAGAGCACUUGAAAAGAAUGCAUACUACGAUUCAGGUGACGACGAAAACCCUUAUUUGUCUGAGGAAGAGGCUGAUUCCGAGCCAGAGAUCAAACCCGAUCCAGACGCUGCAAGUACGUCUGCUGGUAACGGCCAAACGCCUCUGGUGGUUUUACCUUUCCGAAGAAAAGUUAUCAAAAAUCGCCUUCCUGGAAUGGCCGUUAUUCAAUUGCCUCCGAGGAUCCUUAAAACUUUUCCUGUUGGUGAACUGAACCCAGGGGUCAAACCUUAUGAUGGUGUUGACAGAAAGGCCGUCUCUGUUGCUAACUCCGCUUCUGCGUCAUCCACCAACCUCGCUGCACUGAAUAAGACCUCCAAGUCGGAUGAGGAUGGGUUGUUACAAGCCGAUGACGUUCGCAAGUGUUUGAUGGACCAGCGUCCUACCAUCAAAGAGCUUUUGAGCACCCUGCGACAGAAACUGUUUCAGCAUCCAGAUAAUCAAGCUCGUCUCAAGAGAAUUUUGCGUGAAAUUGCAACUCUGCAAGAUGGAAGACUGGUGCUCACCUCCUAG